AUGGAGCCAGCCAUAUGGACUGAGAAGAAAAAUUUGCCAGAAGUGACGAAAAGCUACGAAACUUAUAUGAAAAAGGCAGUGAACGCAUCUUCAGUUAUGUCGGUCUCACAAAUUGCAGCUGCUGCAUGUGGAAUGUGUGACAUUGAUAUACGACCAGCAAUGUACUCAGGCCUUACGGUGACAGGAGGUAACUCAUUGUUGAUGGGUUUCACCGAAAGACUCAAUCAUGACCUCGCUCACAAAUGCCCUCCGACUAUAAAAUUGCGAGUAUAUGCAGCACCCACGCCCAUGGAAAGACGAUUCGGAGCUUGGAUUGGUGGAUCAAUCUUGGCUUCCCUUGGCGCAUUCCAACAAAUGUGGAUCAGCCGAGCGGAAUAUGACGAUGAGGGAAAAUCGAUUGUGACGAAGAAAUGCGCGUAG